GUAGCUGGGGACGCGCGAGCCAGGCGGGCGGCGCGGUGCGAUUCGGAGCCGCGAGGAAAACCACGCACCUCCUGAUUCACACAUAGAGACGUAUCGACUCCAAGCUCUGCAGAGGCUCCCGGGGAGUGGAGUCGGGACCACCGGGGCCUCUUCCCCAGAACGAGGAGAGCUUAACACCAGCGCCCUGUGUCAGGAUGGGGAGGCGUGCUCAGCGCUGUGGAUCCUGUGAGGCAGAGGCUCGUGCAGACGGACAGGCAGAGGGCACCGGAGUCUGCCCCCGCUCCAAGCGCCUGGGACCCGCGUGCUGAGCUCCGAGUGCCGCUUACAGAGUGCAGGCUCCUCCCUCCUCACUUCUCAGGAGCCUUAAAGACACCGUUCAACACAGCAGUCGGACCUGUGCUUUCCUUCCGUCCUGUAGACUCGCAGUUCUGCAGCUGCCGCUGGGAAAGCGGCCCUUGACCGGGCGCGGUAUCGCUGCACCUCUCGCCGUGCACGGCGCAUGCACUCAGCGCCCCGGGGCCUGAAGUCAGAGUCUGCUUUUCCUCGAGCCCCCCAGCGGGUAACCUGACAGGCACAGAUGGCUGAGUGUAGCUCAAAGGGAGACAUCCUGGAUGGCCCACUUGAGGCCACCCCAUACCAUACAGAUACUCCCCCAGGCCCUAGUCCUGCCGUAACAUUGUUUUGAAAUCUGGCUUUGUUUCUAACACCAUUGAUGUCAGGGAGCAUUGAUGUACUGGGGAGGAUUAUCCGUACAUUAGAGAGCGCACUCAGGGACCCACGUGGCACCCUGUCUGGAGUGCUCUUGGGGCUUCCACCCCAGACACCGGCUUUCCCUGGGCCUCUCGGGCUUUCCUGGGGUCUUGGUAGAAGCCCCCGGACCUAACCCUGCAUGCAUCCAGCCUGCAAACUCAGCGUCACCAGGAAGACACGGCGAGCCCAGGCCUGUGUGGACGCGGCUGCAGUGGCCUUGGAACCACGGCACAGGGCUUUGGGCCGGCGGGGCACCCCGGGAUCUGUCUCAGACUCCUCCCUGCAAAGCCUGUGGAAUAGCUGCUACAGCUUGAGCUGCAGUGUGGUCCUGCCCCUCCCGAGAUGCUCCUGAGGUCCGUGUCCACGUCGUCCAGACCUUGCCUGCUGCCCUCAUGCCAUGUGGACUCUGUUCUUGCGCCCUGUCUUCCUGAGGGUGGGCUUUGUCUGCAGCAACCCACCUAGCUCGUAUUCUCUCCAGACCUGGUGUCCUGGGGUUCCACAGCGCUCAUCCCUCGCAGCUGGGCAUCUGUGGUGGACCCUUCCUCGGCUUCUGCCUGCGAAGCUGCCUCUCCAGCACCUCUGCUGUCAGCUGGCCUGGCCCCCCUCACCUUCCCUGCCACUGGACGCACAGAGAUCCGCUUCUGAGGUGCCUGGACCGCAGGGUGUGCGCCCUGGCCCCUCUGGGCAGACGUUGAACAGCCUUUCUGCACUGCUGUGGAAUCACAAGCACAGCAUCAUGUACCUGCACAUAAUCUUAAAGAAAUCACUGUAAUGCCCCAACUGGUGUGUAAAAGAGAAAGAAUUUGUGGCGAUUGAUGUAUAUUUCCGAGGGAAUGCUUGCUACCUCGACACUGGAAGACAAAAUGAGGAGCAUGGCAGGUCCCCUUGGCCUUCUCAUAGGCAUGGUCCUCAUGGACAGCCCUGUGCUCGGAGUCCAGCCCUGCUCCUCCGAUGGUCAGAUAGCCUUGUUCCGUUCCUGCAACCUCACCCAGGUGCCCCCAGUCCCCAACACCACAAGGAACCUCCUGCUGAGCUUCAACUACAUCGGGACGGUCACCAGCACGUCGUUCCCCUUCCUGGAGCAGCUCCAGCUUCUCGAGCUCGCGGCCCAGUUAAAACCCUUGACCAUCGGCCCAGAGGCCUUCCAGAACCUGCCCAACCUCAGGAUCUUGGACCUGGGCAACAACAAGUUCCACAUCCUGCAUCCGGACACUUUCCAGGGCCUGUCCCGGCUGUUUGAGCUUAGACUGUUUUCCUGUGGUCUCUCGGAGGCUGUGCUGAGGGACGGUUAUUUCAGAAAUUUAAAUUCCUUAGCCCACCUGGACCUGUCCUUCAAUCAGAUUAGUAGCCUUUCCCUUCAUCCUUCAUUUCAGGAGCUGAAUUCCUUAAAUUCCAUGGAUUUUUCUCUCAACAAAAUCCUCACCGUAUGUGAGGGCGAGCUCAGCCCGCUCCAAGGGAAGACGUUGUCUUUUCUCAGUCUCAGAUCGACCCAGGUGUACAGCAGGGGGCUAGACUGGGAGCAGUGCGGAAACCCAUUCCGGAAUCUGCGGCUGGAGACCCUGGACGCUUCCCAGAACGGCUGGACAGCGGCCAUCACCGGAAACUUCAGCAGCGCCAUCUCCGGGAGUGUGGUUUCCUCUUUGAUUCUUCAACACCACAUCAUGGGCUCUGGAUUUGGCUUCCAUAACAUCAAAGAUCCUGACUGGAGCACAUUCGCAGGCCUGGCCAGAAGCUCGGUGAGGAGCCUGGACCUCUCGGGAGGGUUCAUCUUCUCCCUGAACCCCAGGCUCUUUGGGACACUCAAGGACUUGAAGGUUCUGAACCUUGCCCACAACAAGAUAAACAAGAUCUCAGACGGAGCAUUCCUCGGACUUGACAGCCUGCAGAUUCUCAAUAUGUCAUUUAAUCUCCUAGGGGAACUGUACAAUUCCAACUUCCACGGGCUGCCCAGCGUAGCAUACAUCGAUCUGCAGAAGAACCACAUUGGGAUCAUUCAGGACCAAACCUUCAGAUUCCUGGCAAAUCUCGAGACCUUGGAUCUCCGGGACAAUGCUCUGAAGACCAUUUCCUUUAUUCCAAGCAUACUGACUGUCUUCCUAAGUGGCAAUAAACUGGUGACCUUGCCAAACAUUGACCUUAGGGUCAAUUUCAUCCAGUUAUCAGAAAACAGGCUGGAAAAGCUGUCGGAUCUCUACUUUCUUCUCCGGGUACCGCAUCUCCAGACACUCAUCUUAAAUCAGAAUCGCCUUUCCUCUUGUCAGCCAGGUCUUAGCCCUUCAGCAAACCCCAGCUUAGAAAACCUUUUCCUAGGAGAAAAUAUGCUGCAACUCGCCUGGGAAACCGGGCUCUGCUGGGAUGUCUUUAAGGGGCUUUCCCGUCUCCGGGUUCUGUUUCUGAAUAAUAACUACCUUAAUUUCCUCCCCCCUGGGGUAUUUAGUGACCUGGCUUCACUGAGAGGACUUAGCCUCAGCUCCAACAGGCUGACAGUGCUCUCUCCCGGCAGUUUACCAGCCAACCUGGAGGUCCUGGACAUAUCCAGGAACCAGCUCCUCUCUCCUGACCCUGGCUCGUUCGCAUCGCUUCGUUCCUUGGACAUAACUCAUAACAGGUUCAUCUGUGAGUGUGAGCUCAGCACUUUCGUCAGAUGGCUCAACCGCACCAGCACCACUCUGGAGGGGUCUCCGGAGGACAUGUCCUGCGCGUACCCUGCCUGGCUCGCAGACGUGUCCCUCUACUCUCUCUCCACAGAAGGCUGUGAUGAAGAGGAGGCCUUAAAGUCCCUGCGGUUUUCCCUUUUCCUCGUGUCUCUGACCACUGUGACCCUGUUCCUCAUGACCGUCCUCGUAGUCACAAAGCUCCGGGGCUUUUGUUUUCUGUGCUACAAGACAGCACAGAGCCUGCUGUCGGGCGACCGCCCCCUGAGGAGAGAAUCAGACACCUACAAGUACGAUGCCUACUUCUGCUUCAGUAGCAAAGACUUCGAAUGGGUGCAGAAUGCUUUGCUGAAACACCUGGACGCCCAGUACAGUGACCGAAACAGGCUUAACCUGUGCUUUGAGGAGAGAGACUUUGUGCCAGGGGAAGACCACAUUGCCAACCUCCAGGCCGCCGUCUGGAGCAGCAGGAAAGUGGUCUGCCUCGUGAGCAGGCACUUCCUCGGCGACGGGUGGUGCCUGGAAGCCUUCAGCCACGCCCAGGGCAGGUGUGUGUCUGACCUGCGGAGAGUGCUCAUCGUGGUGGUGGUGGGGUCACUGACCCAGUAUGAGCUGAUGAGACAUCCGGCGAUCCGAGGAUUUGUGCAGAAGCAGCAGUACUUGAGGUGGCCUGAGGACCUCCAGGAUGUGGGCUGGUUUCUCAGUAAACUCUCUCAGCACAUACUAAAGAAAGAGAAGGGAAAGAAGGAAGACAGUGGCAUUCAGCUGCAAACCGUAACCACCUCCUAGUGAAAGGGCAGCUUGCAGCACGUCCCGAGCCACAGAAAACUUCGCUUUGCAUUUGUGCCAAGUUGCCCGUGGGAGUCCUUUCUGGGGUCUCCUUCCUGCUAUGAAGAGAGCAUCCAUCUCUCGGUUUUCCUGUCCACUCCAGGUUUUGUCUCACUGCCCUCCAAACGGGAAAGAGCAGAUCUAGAAAACUGCAGCUGUGCCUAGCAGCAGCCCCUUGCUCUCAGACCAGGGUUGCCAUUCUGUCAUGAUGUGUGACGGCAGUGUCCCCAGCGUGGCAGGGACACCUUGGGGAAAGUGACAGAUGGCUCCAUGCUCUUGCUGGGGCUCUGCUCCAGAACGGGCUGGGCAGUGACUCUGAGCGUUGUGCUCUGCAAACCCACACUAAAUAGGAAACAAUCGAAGGGGAACCGUGCUUCCUUCCCCAUCUACAGGGACAAUGGCUGUGGCACCACUCCCAGAUGAAAGGGGAUGAAAGGUGGCCCUGGAGACCCUGGGGUGGGAAUAACCGCACCCUGUGGCCACACUGCACUGUCAUGGGUGGUGGAAUCUUUCAGCUCAGCUCGGCCCUCCCAGGACUCCGCACCAAGCGACCUCCUCUCUUUCCUGCCCACCUCACCUUGUUCGUCAACUCCGCACGCUGCUGUAGGAAGAAACAGGCCCCGCACACAGAUUUGGACUCCGUGGCUGAGAGCCCUGUGACCUGGAGUGUUUGGGUCCCCUUAUCAGCUGGGCCAUCACAGCACCACCUCCUAGAGCUGCUGCGGGACUCACCUGGGCCCCAGCAUCAGGGCUGCUGGGCUCUCUCCAUGCACUGCCUGGAGGCCGCAAGAGACCACGCACACUGGAGACUCCAUGCCCGGUCACCACGGCUUUGGGUCUGGAUUUUUUAAUCCUAAAAGGAACCUAUGUGUAUUUUGCAUUCUAGUCCUUUUUUAUGUUUAUUAAUACAGACUUCUUUUUGCAAAUCCAUUAAGAAAAUGUAAACCAAAGUGCGUCCUGAUUACCCCUCACUCACAUCCGCUGUGGACCUGCCACCCACUCCCCGGGAUGCCUCUGCUGUCCCUCCCCGUGACACACGCAUGCACUCAUGCUCAUGCUCACGUGCACGUGCACCAGCCCGGCUCUGUCGGGCCACUUCUUAUCCAAGACACAGCAGUGUCCUCUGCCCGGUGAUGGAAUUGCUCCUUUGCAGACCUUUUUUCUGGAAUGUUCUCCCUUAUCUCCCCACAUGUUUUACAUGUUCUUCAAAAUCCAGCCCCUGGAGCCUGAUGGUCCAUCCCACUCAGAGUCCCCUCGAACUUUUGUGAAGACUCUUGAUGCCUUAUCUGUUCUUUUCACACCGGCACGUGCUGUUCCUGCCUCCUCUGCCAGCUGGGAGCCCCUCUGGCCUGUUGAGUCCACCAAGGAGGACCUUUCUUCUGUGUCCCACCUGCAUGUCAAGACAUAUCACAGGCGCCUUGAGCCACCUAGAGCUUCCCGGAUGUGCACUGGUUCAUCCUUGUCCACCCUGAGGAGUUUGCUCCCCUUUCUUCGUGGCCCUGCAGGUUUCUGUCCCUGAGCUGUGACACAGGGUCUGCCACUGUGUUUGGUACGAUGGGAUCCCGACAGCAGAUCCCUGUCUGGCGGAUCACAUACUUCAGGCUGGUUGGUCCCUGGUCCCAGCACACGCUCAGUGAGCGCACAGGGUGCAUGUGAUGCCCACCUCCGUGUCCCCACCUGUGCCACUGGGCUCUCCAGGGGAGGCAGCGGCAGGGACAGCCACAGAGGCCUGGAUGAGAGGAUGAGACCCCAGGCUGUAAGAAUCCGCGGCACAUUUCAUGGCGCGGAGCUCCUCCCAGGCUGGUGGGGGAGUCGCGGCCCACACCAGCAGCCAAGGAAGUUGUCCCUCGUGAGCUGAUGGCGCUCCACGUGGAAAAACUCUGUCACAGCCUCUCCCAGCCCGCACUGCAGCACACACAGCUGGAGGCGCACCCCAAGUGGCUCCCUCAGGAAGCCCUUCCGCCCCUCAUCUCCAUCCCAGGGUCAGGGCAGAGUUCGCGUCACACGUCCCAGCCGCUCGCAAAUCGACCAUGUCUCUAAUUCACCCAGGAAUCUUUUUCAGCAAAGACCUGAAGUUCCCUUAAAAUCUCUUCAUUUGUCUUUUCUUCUGUCACCAGGCUCAGCAGCUGGAAAUCAUUUUGAGGCCAUUUCCCGUGUCUUUUCCACUCUGUCAGUGUCUGGAUGCCCAAGGGACAGGCCAGGGGGGCCAAGCAGGAAGUGGCAUCCGGCACCCAGUAGCUGGAAGUCAGGCUCCAGGACACUGAUAAACUCACCCAACGAGCACCCAGGUGAGCAGCAUGGAGGAGGAAGCGGCUGUCCUGCUCACAGUUUUGAAGGGUCCACUCCACGGCCCGUGGCCCCCUGCUCUUGGGCCUGCCACAGGAAGUACACCAUGGUGGGUGGGUGUGCUGGAGCAAGAUGCCCACUGUGCAGCUAGAAAGCGGGAGGAAAGGGAGGAAAAGGCAGGGGCUUGGGUCCCAUGGUGCCCUCUGAGAGCACAGGUGGCCCAAGACCACCAUGAGGCCCUGCUUCUAAAGCCACACCCUCCCGUGGUGCCACUCUGGGGGGGACCCGCUAACACAGGGGCCUUGGGAGACACCCCGGCCCACUGCCAUCCGCAGGGCAUGGCCUUUGGGGUGUGCUGAAACAGUGGGAAUAAGCCAGGAAUCUGACACUGCCUACAGCUUACUGUGUUUGAAACUGAGACUGUUCUAGAAGAUGUAGAUAUUCGUUGAGGCUGUUGAAAGCUUCAAAGGGACUCUCACUCAUCACCCCAAAUACUGACUUUGAAAAUUCCUGUCAACCUCAUGCAUCUGCAGUGAAUAAUUUUUGAUAUAAUGUAAAAUAAAAGCGGCUUAAAGUUUUAAAUCAUGGAAUAACACUAUUGGGGGUACAGGUGCAAGAUCAUUAAAUGUUCAUCUGCUACAAUAAAAAUUAAUAUAAAAUGUU